AUGGAUGAAAGUUUGAGAACAGCUGCUCGGCAAGGAAACAUUAGUGAUCUGUAUAGAUUAAUUCAGGAAGAUGGUAAUGUUUUGAAGCGCAUUGAGAAGGUGGAGUUUAUCGACACUCCACUGCACGUAGCUGCAGAUGAAGGGUGCAUUGAUUUUGCAAUGGAGUUACUGACCUUAAAGCCCACGUUUGCUAGGAAGCUAAACCAACAAGGCUUUAGUCCCAUUCAUCUUGCAGUGGAAAAGGGGCAUAAAGAGCUUGUGCUACUUCUCUUGGAAAAUGAUAAAGAUCUUGUUCGUGUCAAAGGGAAGAAGGGUGAGACUCCAUUGCACUACGCAAUAACCAGAGAACACAAACAUGAUCUCAUAGCCAGAUUUCUGAAGGUUUGUCCUGAAUGCGUCCGAGAUGUGACAACUACAAACGAGACUGCCUUGCAUAUUGCAACAAGAAACAAUGAAUUAGAAGCACUCAAACUCUUAUGCGGGAUGCUUAGGAGGACUGACUAUCGUGAGAAAGUGGUGAAUCAGAAAGACAGGAAUGGCGAAACUGCCUUGCACAUAGCUGCCCGCGAUAAUCGACAUGAGGUUCUACACAUAUAUAUGGACAAUAUAUCAAUUGAGGACCGCAAUGCCUUACUAGUAAUUCUAGGACUGCUUUUAACAGCAACAUACCAAGCCGGUCUUAGCCCACCUGGCAGUGUUUGGCAGGGAGACAGUUCCUCAAACUCCAUUGACAAUCAAAGAGAUAAAGAAAAAGUAGGAAAAUCAGUCAUGAAGGAAAUUGAUUUUCUUUAUUUCUACAUUCCAUCCUCGGCUGUCUUCAUGGUAACGUUUUUCUUAACAUUGGGUCUCCUUAAACCUUUUCCUCGUGGUUUCAGAACUGCUCUUCAGGUACUCCUUGCAUUUCUUGCUAUAUGCUUUUAUGAAUCAAUCUUUCACCUAGCGCCAACUGAUUUAGCAGCUGGAGUUAUCGAUGCAUUUUCAGUUAUGGUUUUAGUUUUGAUGAUGUUCAUGUGUUUUGCUUAUCGGGUGUCAAAAGUUAGUGUUUUAAUUCUAGGAUGUUGUUUAUUCCGUACAAGUAUUCUGUUUCAUAGUUUGAUAGGAAAUGUAAAUGUAGGAUGUUGGUUAUUCCUUUUUCUAUAUGAUGAAUUCUGGAAAGGAACAGCUUUAGUUGUAGGGUAUUGUUUUCUUAUUGUUGUGGGUAGUCGAGAAUUCAUCAUACAACCUAUUUUGAUCCUAGGAUGCUGGUUGUUACUUUGUCUCUGUCGAUUCUGCAUAAAGUGGUGCAAUGAACAUUGA